UUAAAGAUUCAGAUUUGAAAUGUAAUACUAAAACUGAAAAUAAUAAAGUUAAAAAAAAUAAUACUUACAUUUUACAAACGUGUAAAUCUUUCGUUUAAUACGUUAUUGAUAUUGAAUUAUGUUUCUUAGAGUACAGUGUUACUUAUUUACGUUGAUUGCUAAAGCGUCCUAAAUAGUGUGUUAAAAAUGUUUGCUGGAACAUUUUUUUUUGCAGCUUUCUAUAUUACAAUUCAUGAAAAAAGAUGUUUGAUAAAUGUUAUAGAAAUGUUUUGAUAACAAUAAAAACACAAAAUUGUAAAAUUUAUGACUAUUGUAUAUUAAGAAUGCUCAAUGUUAAUCUACUUAUUUUAUAUGUAAGAUUUGGAUAAGUUUUGCUACAUAUGUAAAUGGAAAUUCGUUUCCUUUUUUCAGAAUAUGGACCAGUUAAUAAUUCAAAUGGCUUAUUUUGUGCGGAAAUUAACAAAUUGCAGCAGCGCAAACAAAAAUAUGAGGAUCUCGAUGUAUGCUUUACCAGAAGUGUUCGCGGGAACAAUUUGCUAACUAUCAACGGCAAGCCAUACACAUUAAAUCGUCGAAUAAAGGAUGUUUGUUAUUGGGAAUGUGUAAAACUGCGAUGCAAAUACACAAAAUGCACCGCGCGUGUCAUUACAAAAUGUGAUCAGAUUGCAUCGUUGCGUGGAGAUCAUAACCAUUUAUAAAUAUGUGUAAUUAUUUAGUGAAUACUUGAAAAUAAAUUUAGUAUGUUAGCAAUAAGCGGUGUUUGAACGUGUUAUGUGUAUUGGAGACAUUGUUCUUCUAAUUGCUGUGACUAAUAAACUUAAAACCUUACAGGUGUUAACAGAUCUUGGAUAGCAACAAAUUUUCAAUUUAAACGAAACAGACGUGGUGGCCUCAAUCUACUUUAUCAUGGGUAUAUGUAUACAGCGGAAAGAAGGUAUAAUUCCACAAUAAACUGGGUGUGCAGUAAAAAUAGUAGCCAUACAUUACGUUGUCCAGCGCGCUGCAUCACAGCAGGUCAAAGUAAUAUUAAACUGAGUCAACGAUGUCAUAAUCAUUCACCAAUUAUUUGAAGCUUUUUCAGUUAAAAAUGAUCUCAUCAUCGGUACGAAAUUUACAACUAUAGAAAACUUUCGUUUUGUAAUCGGAUCACAAUCUCCGAGCAAAUAUUAUUUGAAGUGUGCAAAUUUUCGUAACAAAUGUCGCGCUCGUGCUGUUAUACGCAAGGAUACAUUGGCUUUAAUUUUACGGCGGAAACAUAAUCACACAGUAGAACAGCAAAAUUUUAAGAGAAAGUAAUAAUGAAGUAAAUAAAUAAAUUUGGUUUAUUUAACUUGUAAUAAGAUAUCUAUAAGACUGCUUUGUGACAUCAUCCUACCAAAUAAACUUACAUACAUAAAUAGAAUAAAAUACAAAAUCAAACACUAAUACAUCAACAUUUGUAACACAUCUCUUUUCUACCUUUAUUGUAACAUCUAUAUUGUUUUAUUUUAGCAGACAACAAUCUUCCGGUGCAAUAUAUUCGCUCACGUCGAGGAACUCAUCUCGUGCUUCAUGAAUAUAAUACAUAUACCCCGAAUGAAAAAGUUCGAGACGGACGACUUUCUCGAGAUUGGAAAUGCUCUAUGUAUCAUAAGGCGAAAUGUCGUGCCAGACUUGUAACAAAACACACAUUCACCGGGGAUGUAAUCCAUGUAACGUCAGCGAAACAUACACAUAAACCAAUGUACACAGCUGCUGAAUUGGAAUUGAUGCAAAAACAAAAUCUUUUAACACAUCAACCGAAACGAGAACAUGAAAUAACGGAUAAUGCACAACAGCUAGAACCAACUCGUCCUAUUGGUUCUUUCCAAUGUUUGCCCCAAUUACAGCACAUACAACAAUUCCAGCCAAUGCAGUUAGGAGCGCUCUAUUUACCGCCCAUAACAAAUGUAUCCCUUCUUCCGCCGCAAUUUGAUAAAAUGCUGCCACGUUAAUUUGAAAGAAAAACCAAGUUGAUAAAUAGUACAAAAUAAAGAAGUCAAUUAUCCAAAAACUCAAUCAUUGUAGAUAUAUAUUAUGAAUUAAUAUUGCAAAAAAAAAACAAAAAAUCAGAAUGACCUUAAAUAACAAGUCAUCCUUAAACUUAGCGAGCCUAUUUGCAACCGAAACGAAUACAGAGAAUAAAGACGACGGUAGAGAAGAUAAAAUAUCAUCAUUGGUUCUAACUCAAAAGAAAAUGAAUCUUUGUUUUAUACCAGGACAACGGGGUAAAUCUUUGUUGUGUUUCAACCACUUUACUUACGCCAAAAAUAAUGUAUGUGGUAAUACAACAUAUUGGAAUUGUCGCAGUCGACGUGUCGGUAUGAAGCCAUGCAACGCUCGCAUCACAACAACAAAACAACCAAAUGAAGGCAGUGUUGCUAUUUAUUCGGCCACAUCAAGAGGACGGGUGCAGCUCAUAUAUGGGGGCCAACCAUUCAUCUUUGAAAAAAUUUUGAAAUUAGCCACUGGCGAGGAAAAGAAAUUUUGGCGUUGUAAUCAAUGGUGGAACCAAAAAUGUCGUUCACGUGUCUAUACCAUUAAUGACAUAGUUAUGCCACUUAACCGCUACCAUACGCAUGAAGAAAUCGUACGACGUAAAAAGCGUACACGUAGGAUACCACCGACUGUCAGUGCACAACCAAAGAAGGAUAAGAAAGUGGCGACAACAGAAAGUUCGAGCGUAGAUGCGGUAGGAGUCACAACCACGGACCCAAUCGAUGUAUCUGAAUUAGGAAUGCACUUAAAAUAUGAAGAAAUCGUAGCAGAUGUUACGGAAAUAGAAGAGCCUAAUAUCGUCAUAAAAAAAGAUUUAAAGAAAUAAUUUGUGGAAUAUACAUAUAUGCGCAAUAUACACAUAUUGUAGGCACACAAUUACUCCAACUUUAACUUUAAAAUUUUGAAGGAAAUGUACUAUAUUGAGUAUAUAAAAAUAUUGCUUUUUUCUAAAGCCGAUUUAAAA